UAACAUCCAAUCAAAUAUCAUCCUUAAACCCAACCCAUCAGUGCGCCCAAACCCAAAUGCAGAAUUUCCGGAUUGCUCUCAAUUCGUGAAACACAAAUCUAUUCGAGUGCAAGCUAUCUCAAGUUUCAGAAACCCUAGAAAUUCGAAAUGGAGAGAGAAAAAUCUAGUAGGAGAGAACGAGCAUCCAGAGACGACGACAACGACCGCCGCCAUCGUCAUCGCGACCGUUCGAAGCACCACCAUCGCGACGAUGAGAACCGACACCGAUCCGAUGAUCGAAGAGGUCGCGAUCGCGAAAGGCGUGGCGAGAAAUCACUCGAAUCGGAAGUUGUCAGAGAAAAAUCUUACGAUAGAGAGGAUUCCGUGGAGAGAAGGCAUCCGCAUAGGAGGAAAGACGAUAGAGAGAAACGCGAGAAAUCGUAUGAGAGAGAGGAUUCAGUGGAGAGAAGGAAUGCACAUAAGAGGAAAGAGAGAGGAGAAGAGAGUGUGGAUAAGAGCAAUGGAGGAGAUGAGAAGAGAGCUAGGGUUUCAGAGGAUAAGAAGGAGGAGAGAAGAGAGAGGAGGAGAUUUGAUGAUAAAGUGAAGGAGGAGGAAGAGGAUGUGGAAAUUGACGAGGAAAGGAAGGGGAAAAGAUUUGAAAUGAGAAUUGUGAAGGAAGAACCGAAACUCGAGCCCAAUGAUAAUGGUCAUGGUGUUGGUUCCAUUGAUAAUGGUGUGACAAUGGGACCAUACAAUGCAGCAUCGAGGACUUCCCCUGAUAAAUCUUUGACUCGUAUUGAUCCUCCUGCUACCAAGGUAUCUUCAAUUUCUACAACAAAUGAAAAUAAGGGAGUUAAUAUUAACAGAUCUCAUGCGGUUCCUGGGAAAUCUAGUACAGAUGGGGCAGCUUCUGAUGCUGGCAAGACUGCCACCUUAUCCCUUGAUGCCAAAGGAAAUGCAAAGGCUCUCAUACAAAGGCAGAAGGAGCUGGCAGCAAAGCUUAAGAAAAUUCCUUUGCUAAACAAGAGUGCCAACGUUACGAGAGAGGGAAGUUCACAGAUUGGUCGCAAGGAUAGCCUUUAUGCCGCUUCAACAGACGCAGGGAUAUUGCCCCCACUGGCUGCAUCUUCAAAUUCAGGGAUAUUACCCACUCCAAGUUCAGCACCUAGCACAUCGACUAUAGCUACUGUGGCUUCUGCAAAUACACCACCCAGUGGCUUACCUCAGGUUGCGGGGCUCACAGUCACAGCACAGAACUACGAUAAAGUGAAGCGUGCACACGAGCUUUUUGCUAAGAUGGGAUUCCGGCAGGACCCGGAGUUUCCCCCCCUCAUUAACAUGUUUCCUGGCCAAAUGCCUCCAGAGGUUACCAUUCAGCCAAAACCUGCUAGAGCCCCUGUUCUUCGUUUGGAUGCAUUAGGCAGGGAGAUUGAUGAACAGGGAAAUGUGGUUAAUGUGCAUAAGCCAUCUAGCACCCUUAAGGUGAAUAUCAACAAGCAGAAAAAAGAAAGCUUCCAAAUUCUCAAACCUGAACUUGAUGUUGAUCCUGAUAAAAAUCCUCAUUUUGAUCCGAGGAUGGGGAUUGACAAGAACAAAAUUUUGAGGCCAAAGAGGAUGUCAUUUCAGUUUGUGGAGGAAGGUAAAUGGUCCCAUGAUGCAGAAUUAAUUAAGUUAAAGCAAAGCCAAUAUGGUGAAUCACGAGCCAAAGAGCUGAGGGCAAAGCAAAUGCAAUUGGCAAAGGCAAAAGCUGAGCCUGACAUAAAUCCAAAUCUUAUUGAGGUGGCAGAGAGGGUUAUCACCAAGGAAAAACCAAAGGAACCAAUUCCUGAUGUUGAGUGGUGGGAUGCUCCUCUGUUACGAUCUGGUACUUAUGGUGGUAUGGUCGAUGGUGACUUAACUGAUGAUAUGUUGAAGAUGGAGAAGAUCACUAUUUAUGUUGAACACCCCCGCCCUAUUGAGCCUCCUGCUGAACCUGCUCCACCUCCUCCACAACCAUUGAAGCUGACCAAGAAGGAGCAGAAGAAACUACGUACCCAGCGCCGACUGGCCAGGGAGAAAGAAAGGCAGGAAAUGAUACGUCAGGGCCUGUUAGAACCACCAAAACCAAAAGUUAAAAUGAGCAAUCUUAUGAAAGUUCUUGGCUCAGAAGCCACUCAGGAUCCCACAAAGCUUGAGAUGGAGAUCAGAAGUGCUGCUGCUGAGCGAGAACAGGCUCACAUAGACAGAAAUAUUGCUCGAAAGCUCACUCCUGAUGAACGUCGUGAGAAGAAAGAAAGAAAACUAUUUGAUGAUCCAAAUAUCGCACCGGAGACGAUUGUUUCGAUAUACAGAGUUAAUGACCUUUCACACCCUCAAACUCGCUUCAAGGUUGAUGUUAAUGCUCAGGAGAAUCGAAUGACUGGGUGUGCAGUUAUCUCGGAAGGUAUAAGUGUGGUGGUAGUUGAAGGUGGUAAAAAGUCCAUCAAGCGGUAUGGGAAACUUAUGCUUAGGCGAAUUGACUGGGCUGCUGCUGUUAAGAAAGAAGAUGAAGACGAAGAUGAAGACGAAGAUAAGCCUCUCAACAAGUGUGUGUUAGUCUGGCAAGGCACUGUUGCUAAAUCAAGCUUCCAUAGGUUUUUUGUUCACGAGUGCAGGACUGAGGCUGCUGCUCGUAAGGUCUUUGCUGAUGCUGGGGUUCCUCAUUACUGGGAUCUUGCUGUAAACUUCAAAGAUGAUGAAUUUUAGGUUCUUUGGAGAUUAUUUGGCCAUUGCUUAUGAUGAACUCGAAUAUCAGUUCAAGCUUCCUACCGAGGAAAGGCAAGGGGAAUACUAGUACUCAUUUUGUAGUUUCAUUUUCAUGAAGAGCACUUAUGACUCUUCUAAUGCGUUGGUGUCCAUGUAACAUGACUGUAUCUUGGUAGCUUCUACUUGCUGUUGCUCCAUCUAGUAUUACUUAGUUGUGCCAUCUGUUUGUUUUUGUUGCAUGGAAUCUAUAUAGAGAUUAAGUGAUCUCGUUUCUUGGGUAUGAUAGCUAAUUUGAGCUGAGCUAGUGACGUAGUUUACAACCUGAUACCUCUCGCAACUGAAACCAGAUGAUUUCUUUAGGAGAUCACAGAAUAGGUGAGUGGUAAAUAUGGUUACUCUUGUGUAUGGACUUUCUUCUCCCCUUUUGUUCUGUUAGAAAUCACAGAGAAAGUGUGGAUAUUUGUUAUCAAGACUUAA